AACCUGCGCCGAGUGUUAUUCUUUAUUUCCCAUCAGUUUAAUAUCGGAAUCAUGAGCAAUCUUUUCCUGAAAAAUUUACCGAAUAUCUAUCGACACAGUCUGCGCACAACUUCGCGCCUCACAAUCAGAGCCUACUCAGGCGUUGCUACGAAAAUGACGACGGAAAUUGACAAGGAUGAGCUUAAGAAGCGAUUAACACCAAUUCAGUGGCAUGUGACCCAAGAAAAAGGCACCGAAAGGCCUUUCACUGGCACUUAUAAUAAAUUCUAUGAAAAAGGAACAUAUACUUGUGUCAUAUGCGAUCAGGAACUGUUUUCCUCUGAGACGAAAUAUGAUAGUGGUUGCGGCUGGCCAGCAUUCAAUGAGGUUUUAGACCAAGGUCGAGUUAAACUAACUAAAGACACAACGCAUGUCGGUGGCAAUCUACUACUGCUGAUCGCAAACCCAGAUAUGGUGCGGACUGAAGUGACCUGCUCAACUUGUGGAUCACAUUUGGGCCAUGUAUUUAAUGACGGUCCCAAACCAACAAGAAAACGAUUUUGCAUCAACUCUGCGUCUAUCAGCUUCCACGCAGCUGGUGACAAGAAAAAAUCUGAUUCCUAACUGGUGAAGAAACCAAUGCUCAUUGCCGCAGGUGGAUUGGAAAACUUUGAUCAUCCAUCGACGUUUGCAUGAUAUU